ACACGCUCUCUGUUCAGGACUGUUUUGGACAAACGCGGAGACAAAGUUGACCUUCUGUGUCUUCUCGUGGCGAAAGAGCAUAACAGUAUUCGAAGUCAAAAGAGCAACAGCAACACACAGCGGCACGUCUCGUCCAACUUUGAAUUUCACCCGAUUGCUUGUCGUCCACAUCUCAGGGCGUAUGAGAUGGAAAACGGCACACCGGGGAUACUUGACGAUGUUGAGAUGCGGUGGGAGAACGUGGAGUGCAAACGCUAUGAAGUUUGCCGCAUCAUCUCUCCGGCCAAGCUCACUCCUUAUCUUCGCCAGUGUAAAGUAUUGGAUGAGCAAGAUGAAGAUGAGAUUCUCAAUUCUCUUCUGCUGGUCUCCAAAGCAAACCGCACAAGUCGCCUUCUUGACAUCCUCCGCUCCAAGGGAGAGCGGGGAUAUGUGGUGUUUCUGGAGAGCUUGGAAUUUUACUAUCCGGAACUCUACAAACAGGUCACAGGGAAGAACCCCACACGUCGCUUCUCCACCAUCGUAGUCGAGGAGGGUCACGAAGGUCUGACCCAGUUUUUAAUGAACGAGGUGGUGAAGCUGCAACAGCAGUUUAAAGCGAAGACCCUGCAGCACGUGGAGCUCAGCAGGAAGAACUGCACUCUGGAGGAUGAGCAGAAGAAACUACGGCUCGUAAACCAGGAACUUCAGACCUCGCAACAGAGAUACAACAAAAUGAAAGAAGAAAGAAACAUCUACAGUGAUGAGCUGCUGAGAGUCAAGGAUGAGAACUACAAACUGGCUAUGAGAUACGCCGCUCUGAGUGAGGAGAAGAACUUAGCAGUGAUGAGGAGCAGAGACCUCCAGCUGGAGAUUGAUCAGUUUAAGCACCGGCUAAACAAGAUGGAGGAAGAGUGUAAGAUGGAGAGGAAGCAAAGUCUCAAACUGAAGAAUGACAUCGAGAAUCGGCCCAAGAGGGAGGAGAUCUUUGGGCUUGAGCGGGAGAACGAGACACUCAAGAUCAAACUACAGGAGCUGCAGUCCAUCAUCCAGCCUGGUCCCCUGUCUACAUCGGACAAAGACAUCCUUGACAUUUUGGAGCAUGACAGACAGGAAGCGCUUGAAGACCGACAGGACUUGGUCAAUCGCCUCUACAACCUCCGUGAGGAAGUCAGACAAGCAGAGGAACUACGAGACAAGUACCUGGAGGAGAAGGAGGACCUGGAGCUAAAGUGCUCCACGUUGCAGAAAGACUGUCAGAUGUACCGUAACCGAAUGGACACCAUUAACAUGCAGCUAAAGGAAGUGGAAAAAGAGAGGGACCAGGCCUUUCGGGCCAGAGACGAUGCCCAGCACCAGUUCUCACAGAGUCUGAUUGACAAAGACAAGUAUCGCAAGCAGAUUAGAGAAUUGGAGGAGAAGAGCGAUGAGCUCCAUAUUGAGAUGGUGCGGAAAGAAGCCCGGCUGGUCACACUGGAGUCUCGCCUGCGACGGAUCUCCAAGGACAUUGCCUUGGAUCAGAGCCUACCAAGGGACUUACCCCCAACCAUCCUCUGUCUGCAGGAGCUUAAACCUGCUCAGGGUCAGUCGGAAUGGUCCAGCGAUGAGUCACCAGAGGAGAGGAUUUUACCCGAGGAGUCCCGCCUCAGACGAAGACCCAAUCUGAAAGCAGUGAACAGAGCGAAGUCUCCCAGCUGGGUACCCAAAGACCUUCCAGUUAACACAGAGGCUGCUCAUCCUGCGGCCAAUGGUGUCGAUCUUCUUGAAAUUCAGCUGCCAAACAUGCAAACCAACAACAACUCCCUCCCUCCUUCGCCCAGUUUACCCCCUGCAUCCCCAACGUAUUCCCACAGCUCGAGGCCCACCCUGACUUUGUCCUCCUCUUCGCUCCAUCACUCCAUGACAGAACACCCCAACAGGCCGAAUAUACUGCGAUACCGUAAUGACAGCAUCCAAUCCAUGCAGCCUGAGCCCCCCGAAAAAGCAUCUCUGUACCGCAGAGAAAGGGAAAAUGAAAAUGACUUCCAGCCCCGCAGCCUCUCGGACUUUGACAGUGACACUAUGGAGUUGGAAUUUGAAACAUCUGUAGAGGAUGACGUGGGGCAUGGCCCACCUUCUGUCCACUCAUCUUCGUCAUCCCAUCAAUCAGAAGGCAUGGACACUUACGAUAUGGAGCAAGUCAACAAUAUCUUCAGGAAACUUUCUCUGGAAAGGCCAUUUCGUCCGUCUCUGUCUUCCUUGUCUAGUAUCAACUCGACCCGGAAGCCUGUGCAGGAGUUCACAUUACUAGGUGAAAACCUGCUAAAGGACACCACUCUUGUUGGCGGCAAUGAAUGUGGGAUUUUCAUCUCAUCAGUGCAGCCGGGCUCUGUUGCUGACAAGACUGGCUUGCGAGAGGGUCACCGCCUCUUUUUGCUUGAAGGGCACGUACGUGGAGAGAACCAGAGGAUUUCGUUGGAAACCAGCACCCAGGAGGAAGCCCACUGGGUGCUGCAGCACUGCUCUGGACCGAUCAAGCUGCACUAUCGAGCCAAUUUUGAUUCUUACCGUCGUCUUCAGAGGGACCUCGCGGAAGGCACGCGGGUUUCUGGAGAUUCCUUCCACAUCCGGGUCAACCUCAACAUCUCCAGCCAGUUAAACAGCUGCUCGCUGAGUGUGCAAUGUGAUGAGGUGGUCCAUGUCCUGGACACAAAGCCCCAAGGCCAAAGUGAGUGGCUGUGUGCCCGCGUUGACCCCUACAGCGGCUGCGACCUGCAAGACUGUGGGACUCUGCCGAGCAAUUCACGGGCUCAGCAGCUCCUCCUAGUAAAGAUACAGAAGUUGAUGUGUCGAGGCGGGAGAGAAGAGAAUGAAACUCCGUGUAACCUGAGGAACAAUUUGCAGGCAGAAGAAGGCAGCCCCUCUUCUGACCCCAAAACCAGCCCACGCAUGUCGAGAGCAAGCAUCUUCCUCACUCAGAUCUUGCAGCUUGUCAGCAGGGUGGAUACCAAAUACAAGCGACUGAACAGCAAUGAGCGUGUGAGGAUCAUAACCUCCAGUAGCACAAUAUUCCCCAGACAAGGUUUAGACACACUCAGAGCAGAAGACGCCACUGAUGCUGAGGGGGAGAUGAGCAGGAGUUUAAACCUGAUCCCGUACAGUCAUGUCACCCCACAAUGGACCGAGAGGAAGAGACCGGUCCUCUUCACACCCACUGGUUUAGCCAAAACACUUUCACAGAAAUUAGUCAACAUGGGGGCUUCCAUGGACUUCAGUGUGUGCAAACCAGAUAUUUUAUCCAAAGAGGAGUUUAAUCAGAAACCGAGUGUGGAGUCCUUCGUUUACUACAAAGAAAAACGUGCCUCUUUUGAAUUCAUCACCAGAGAGAGCAUAGAGGCCAUCGCUGCAAAGGGCAAACACUGCCUACUGGAGGCUGAUCUCAGCUGUGUCAAAAACCUUCUGAGGGUGGAAAUUUAUCCAAUCAUCGUCUUUGUCAAGAUCUGUGAAAAAAAUGUCAAGAAGCUGCGGAAGUUGCCGCUGCGCCUGGAGUCGGAGGAGGAGUUUCUGAGGUCAUGCAGGGCAAAAGAGAAGGAGCUGGAGGGUGUUCCCUGCCUCUACACCAGCCUGGAGCCGGACGCCUGGCCAGGGACAGACGAUCUCAUCAGGGUCGUCAAAGAGCGAAUCUUUGAGGAGCAGAAGAAGACUGUGUGGGUGGAGCAGGAUCUGUUGUAAUCACCACUAGCCUUUCUCACUAUGAGCUGUACAUGAAAAUAAACGUGUGGCCGAACCACAAAACUAAAAACAGUGUUUACAUUAUACCUGUAUUUAAUGCUCAAACAAUAAAUACAUUGUCUUUUGUAAA